UCGGCGUUGCAGGCGCUGCAGCGGUGCGGUGGCUUUGGCGCGCUUUCCUGCGCGGCGCGAGGCGCGGGCCAAGCCGCGCGGCGGGUGCAGCGGUGCAGGUGACGCUUCGGACCGAGAGCGCGUCUUGGUCGAGCCGCGCGACACGCUUGGCAGGCGCGGUGCGAGGGAAGCAGCGGUGUGGGCUGCGAUGCGCUCAGGUGUUGGCGACGAGCGGCGAAAGCCGCUGUUCACAGCGGCUGUGGGUCGGUGUGUGCGUGACGUGAAGAGAGCGAAGAGAUGGAGCGGCGCCGAGGGUCGUGUAUGGCAGGCAGGGCCGGGCUCAGCGAGGCGAGACGAGGCGCGGGACAGGACGAAGCAGGGUCCGAGGCAGAGGGAGCGAAGGUGGUGGUGGUUGGGACGGCGGGAGGAAAAGCAUGGGAGAGGAGAGGGCUCCGCCGUAUCUGGUGCUGCUUCGUCAAACACAGCCGGCCGACGAACGUGCACAGCAUGCAGGUGCAGCACCUCGAGGGCGGUGCGUUGCUCUGCCGGCCGGCCGUGGCGCAGCAGCAGCAGGGCAGCUGUGACGCCAUGCCGCUUUAGCGCCUGCGUGAUGCCCAAAGUGCACUCGGAUGCACGAACUCGAAGCGGUCGCGGUUCGCUGGGCAGCUGCGGUCUGAUGGGCGGAGCGGCAGGCGGGGCAGAGCGGAGCGCGAGCGCGCUUGAGGAGCAAGCCGCGAAGGUGAAGGCUCGGCGCAGCCCGCAGGCGUGUGCGUGCCUGCAGCGCCUCUCUUCCACCCCGCGGGUUCAGCGGGCAGGCAGGCGGCCAGCAGAGCAGCCAAGAGGCCCGAGAGCGAAGCACGAGGCGCGCAGAGAGAGGCAGGACACCGCAGAGGGCGCUCGCCGCCGCUGUUCUCCUGCGCUCUGGGCCCCUCCUCUCGCGCCGUCAGGCACCACAUGAAGCGCUUGAGCGCCGAGAUCUUCCAGAGCGGCAGCCCCUCUCUAUGACCGCCGCUCGCUUCCAGCCGCUCAGAGCGGCAGGUGAAGCUUCGUUUCUGGCGCCGGCACUGCCCCUCUCGCGCCCCUCGAGGCGCCGAAGAGACACGAGACGCGAAGCGGCUGAGGGGCCGAGGGGCUGCGCCGCCAAGGCCACGCGCGGGCCGUACCG